AUGUCGACUUUCGGGGAGUAUUUCAGAGUCACCACUUAUGGCGAGUCUCACUGCCGCUCUGUCGGCUGUAUCGUCGACGGGUGUCCUCCAGGAAUGGAGCUCACGGAGGCAGAUAUCCAGCCCCAGAUGACCCGGAGAAGGCCUGGUCAGAGUGCACUUACAACCCCUCGAAACGAGAAGGAUAAAGUAGAAAUACAAUCCGGAACCGAAUUUGGUAUUACAUUAGGCACCCCUAUUGGCAUGGUGGUGCGGAAUGAAGACCAACGGCCAAAGGACUAUGGAAACAGCACUAUGGACAUGUACCCUCGACCCAGCCACGCCGAUUUCACCUAUUUAGAGAAGUACGGAGUCAAGGCUAGCAGUGGUGGUGGCAGAAGCAGUGCGCGAGAGACUAUCGGCCGUGUUGCUGCCGGUGCAAUCGCCGAAAAGUAUCUCAAGAUUGCGCACGAUGUAGAGAUUGUCUCUUUUGUCACCUCUGUGGGACAUGAACAUCUCAUUCCUCCAACGGCUGAGCAUCCAAGCCCAGUUACUAAUCCCGAGUUCUUGAAGCUUCUCGACACAAUUGAUAGAAAGACGGUUGAUUCUUUCGCUCCCAUUCGAUGCCCUCACCCUGAAGCUGCCCAGCGAAUGACGAAACUAAUUGAACACCACCGUGAUCUUUCAGACAGCAUCGGAGGAACCGUCACUUGCGUCAUUAAGAAUGUCCCAGUUGGCCUAGGAGAGCCAUGCUUCGAUAAGCUAGAAGCCAAACUUGCACAUGCCAUGCUCUCAAUUCCCGCUACAAAGGGGUUCGAAAUUGGAUCUGGAUUCUUGGGCUGUGAAAUCCCUGGGUCAAUUCACAACGAUCCAUUCGUCGCAACUACCACUGAGGCUGGGAAAAAGCUGACCACCAAGACGAACAACUCUGGUGGUAUCCAGGGAGGAAUCUCCAACGGGGCUUCCAUCUACUUCCGUGUUGCCUUCAAGCCACCGGCGACUAUUGGACAGGCUCAGACGACGGCCACUUAUAACUUUGAGGAAGGUGUCCUUGAAGCCAAAGGACGACAUGACCCCUGUGUAGUACCAAGGGCUGUCCCUAUUGUCGAGGCCAUGUCUGCGUUGGUUAUCAUUGACGCACUGAUGGCCCAGAACGGCAGGGAGGCUGCAAAGAAUUUGCUUCCGCCACUGCCACGAACAAUUCCAACUCGUCCGACCAGUUCCCCAGUUAAGAGCAAGGCUGAAGAGACGAAGUGA